UUAGUUGGUUGGUUAGCUUUUUAGUGAUUAAGAUUGUCUUUGUUUUUCGAGCUCUCCAUAUUUUGUUUUGUUUUUGUUUUGAAUGGCGCAAUUACCACCAAAGAUACCGAACAUGACCCAAAAUUGGCCUUCAUUCCCGCACCAAAGGUUGCCCAUGGCCAACUUCGUUUCCGCCGCCGUGAAUGACUCCAACCACCACCCCUCGUGGGUGGAUGAGUUCCUCGACUUCUCGUCGGCGCGCCGCGGGGCUCACCGGCGUUCCAUCGGCGACUCCAUUGCUUUCCUCGAGCAACCAUUGAUGGAAGAAUGUGGGGACUCCAACAACAAUGCCAUGAUGACCGACACCAAUGAGUUCGACCGUCUAGACGACGAGCAGCUCAUGUCUUUGUUCUCCAACGACGUCGCCGUCACCAUGGCGGUUGCCCCGACCGUAUCCUCGUCGAACCCUUCGACGCCGACGUCGGAUCAAAACAGCAACAACGAUGGCAAACCUGUGCCCUCUCUGGAUCUGCAACAGCCCAAGAAUGAACCGGGGGAAGUGGAGAGCUCGUUCAAAACUGAACCACAAGCUACUGAGCCUCCAUCGAACUCCAAUGGCGACCCCAUCGUUGAUCCGAAGAGAGUUAAGAGAAUUCUGGCAAACCGGCAAUCAGCACAAAGAUCAAGAGUGAGAAAGCUGCAAUAUGUUUCAGAGCUUGAAAGGAGCGUCACAACAUUACAGACUGAAGUAUCAGCAUUAUCACCAAGGGUUGCAUUCUUGGAUCAUCAAAGACUGAUUCUCAAUGUUGACAAUAGUGCUUUGAAGCAAAGAAUCGCAGCUUUGGCUCAAGACAAGAUUUUCAAAGAUGCUCAUCAAGAAGCAUUGAAGAAGGAAAUUGAGAGACUGAGACAAGUCUAUCAGCAACAACAAAGCCUCAAGAAAAUGAACAGCGGCAAUAACCACCACCAUGCACCGCAGCAACAGCCUCCGCCGCCGCCGGAGAAUGAAGAACAACUCAUGAGUUGAUCAGUCAGAAGAUCUGGUGCAAAAAGAAAUGCAAUAAAGAUAUCUAACAAUGGGGUUGGGGGGGUAAUUAUUUGUUUCAUGUUAUGUGUUUCCCAAUUGCUGUUUUUCUACUAGUGUGGGGGUCCCUUUAAGACAAAAAAAAAGAAAAAGAAAUUGAAGGGCU